CGACGCUGCCGGAUUGUAACUUUGUAAGUGGGUCGAGGUGUGGGACGAAACCCGCCGCUCGAUCCACCAAACAGAGAGAGAGAGAGAGAGAGAGAGAGAGAGAGAGAGAGAGAGAGAGAGAGAGAGAGAGAGAGAGAGAGAGAGAGAGAGAGAGAGAGAGAGAGAGAGAGAACAAGAAGAAGGAGAAGAGGAGGAAACUGGUGAACUGACGGACGCCUCCUCUGCGAGACAACAAAGGAUGCACGCUUGUCACCUCGAGUAUUUGCACCACCCCUGGAGGGAAAUAAGAAACUCGGAUAUAAAUCGGCUCAAACUUAGUUGUUUAUAGGAUUUAUCACCAUCCUUUGCAGCUUCUCCGCCACGUUUUGUUGGACAAAGCUAAUGUCGACCUGAAGAUCCGGGAGGACCCGACGGAUCCUCCGGGACACAGGUAGACGCACCGGGCUGGAGAUGUAGGCAUGGGAGGAUGCUGCAGGAGCCCUCGGACUUCAGUGCUGGAGCCUCGACGUUCGUGGCUCUCAGCCUCCAUUGAAUCCCGAAAGAAAACGCCUCCGUCCAUGAAAAAUAAUCCCUCCCUAUUGGCUGGAUCGCGGUGCACAUGCUAUAACAACAGGAUAUGCAAAGAGCUAUGGGCUGAUCUAAGAGCCUAUCAUGUUGUCCGCGUGCUUUUUUGACCCAGAACUGUAUUUGAUUUAUUAGGAUGUGACUCGUCUACUUGAAUCAAAUGGUUCAGAUGCAAUAAUACAACAUAAUAAUAAUAAUAAUAAUAAUAAUAAUAAUAAUAAUAAUAAUAAUAAUAAUAAAGAAUAAUGAUGAUGAUGAUGGUGGUGAUAAUGAUGAUGAUGGACGUGUCACAGUCAAGCUGAAGGCUGCUCUUGUUUGUGCCUGUGUAGUAAAGCUGCUGAAGAAUGUUUAAGUAUCGGAUCCGGAUGUUUUUCAAUGAACUCAAAGUGUUGUUCCUGAUGCGCUCCGGAUCCAGCAGCAGCAGGAGGACGGACACAGGCACAGACCCGGACACCCAGACCAGGAUGAGAGGGCUCGCCAUGCGGGGCUGCGGGUGGCCGCCUCUCAGCUGCUCCCACCGGGACGACGAGGAGGAAUAUUACGGCUCUGACCCGCGGCCACGCAGCCUGGCCUUUGAGAACAAUGAGGAUGGAGCCAAAGACAACAAGGACGGAGGCCUGGACGCAGCUUCCCUCCCGAGUCUGUCAGAGAGCGGGACUCGAUCACCGCAGUGCCGGAUCUGCUUCCAGGGCCCGGAGAAGGGGGAGCUGUUGAGCCCGUGUCGCUGUGCGGGCUCUGUGCGCUGCACCCACCAGUCCUGCCUUAUCCGCUGGAUCAGUGAGAGGGGCUCCUGGAGCUGUGAGCUCUGCUACUUCAAGUACCAGGUCCUGGCCAUCAGCACCAAGAACCCACUGCAGUGGCAGGCCAUCUCCCUGACCGUGAUCGAGAGGGUGCAGAUUGCAGCCAUUAUCCUGGGCUCUUUGUUCCUCAUCGCCAGUAUCUCCUGGCUGGUGUGGUCCUCUCUCAGCCCUCAAGCCAAGUGGCAGCGGCAGGACCUCCUCUUCCAGAUCUGCUACGGCAUGUACGGCUUCAUGGACAUAGUUUGUAUAGGCCUUAUAAUCCAUGAAGGAUCGUCUGUUUACCGGAUCUUUAAGCGCUGGCAGGCGGUGAACCAGAAGUGGAAAGUUCUCAAUUAUGAGAAAGCAAAGGAUUUAGAUGACCCCAUCGGUUCCAGCAGUAAAGGUCGUGUGGAGAGGAACCCCUCUAACACAGACCGCGGGCGGAGGACGGGUCGUCACGUCAGGACUAUUCUCAACCACCACUGUGGCUAUACUAUUUUGCACAUCCUCAGCCAGUUAAGACCCAACAACCUGCGCCAUGCCAACCAAGAGGUGGUCAUGAGGGUGACCACUGUAUGAGGCGGGGUUACACAGACAUAAACUCUCCCAUGAUUAAGGAGGAGAUCGAAGUGUUUGACUGGGAUUUUUCUUCUAUUUAAAUCCUGAUCUGUCACAUUAACACUGCCGUAAACUGCUAGUCUCUUUUUGAUUUUUAAUCUCAGAUUCUCCCUGAGCUCAGAGUGGACGAUUAGAGAGAUUUCUCAAAUUUGGACAAGGGGAGAAGGAGGCAAUUGUAUCUGAAUCUUCAGAGACAGAGACUGUGAAAACAUGAAAAAA